AAAGCGCCUCUCAAGCUGGGUGCGUAAGAAUCCUGCGCCACACGCUGGCCCAGGCUCCGCCUACCGUGCCCUAGGCCCCACCACCCGGGAACGCCACAGGCGGUCGAUCUCAGGCUCCGCCCACCCCGCCACGAGAACCCGCGCUGCUUGUUGAGCAUCGGCCCCUCCCCCGCAGCCCGCCGGCGGGGCUUGUCUCGUGCGUCGGCCUUAGGCCCUUGCCCAGGCCUGCCAUGGAAGGGGAUGUCCCCGUCGCCGCAGCAGCCCACUACCAGCCGGCCAGCCCCCCGCGGGACGCCUGCGUCUACAACAGCUGCUACUGUGAAGAAAAUAUUUGGAAGCUCUGUGAAUACAUCAAAAACCACGACCAAUAUCCAUUAGAAGAGUGUUACGCUGUCUUCAUAUCUAAUGAGAGGAAGAUGAUUCCUAUCUGGAAACAACAGGCAAGACCUGGAGAUGGACCUGUGAUCUGGGAUUACCAUGUUGUCUUGCUUCAUGUGUCGAGUGGAGGACAGAGCUUCAUUUAUGACCUUGACACUGUCCUGCCAUUUCCCUGCCCCUUUGAUACUUACGUGGAAGAUGCCUUUAAGUCUGAUGAGGACAUCCAUCCGCAGUUUAGAAGGAAAUUCCGAGUGAUCCGUGCAGAUUCAUAUUUGAAGAACUUUGCUUCUGACCGAUCUCACAUGAAGGAUUCCAGCGGGAACUGGAGAGAACCUCCUCCGUCCUAUCCCUGCAUCGAGACUGGAGAUUCCAAAAUGAACCUGAAUGAUUUUAUCAGUAUGGAUCCUGAGGUGGGAUGGGGAGCCGUCUACUCACUGUCUGAAUUUGUACAUCGGUUUGGCAGUCAGAACUACUAAACUUGACCUGUGGAUGUAGUCCUGUGGAGAAACGCUAGGACCUGAACAGAUCCACCCCUUCAUCUGGGACAGCGAACAUUAUGGUACAUUUGGUUUGGAAUUAUGUUUUCCGUUUUAUUUCAGUUGAAUUGAAACAUAAGUGAACAAAGUAAUAAAUAGAACCAAUUUUUUUUUUGAUAUGUCAGGUUGAAACUUGAUGUAGUGUGUAUUUGCUCAGUUAUUCCUACAGCUCAUUUGUUAAAACAUGUGAAGACUUAAGCCAAUAAUUGUUUUUGUUAUGAUAGAUGUGUGGAUUUCAUGUCUGUUUUGGAUGUUUCAUUUCUCUCCAGCUACACUGUAAGCUCCUUGAGGGCAGGGCUGUGGCCCAUUUCUCUGUGAAUCUCUAAUGCCCGUAACGUGUGCCAUAAAAUGUUUGCUAGUGAUUGUGCUCCUGCUUGAAGAGGGCUGACAUAGUGAGCUGAAUCAGCAAUAAGUAUUAGUGUUUUGGACCAUUAUGUUCUUAAAAAAGAUUGCAGCCCUCUCAGGCUUAAGUGUUAUUUGGCCUCUUUAUAUACGUUUUUAAAUAAAACUGACUUAAAAUCAA